AUGGGUGGUGGCGGUGAUCGGUGGCGGCUAGUGGCGGUGGCAGCGAUGGGUGGCGGUGGCAUCGAUGGGUGGCGGGGGUCGGUGGUAGCAGUGGUGGGUGGCGGUGGUCGGUGGGUGACGGUUAUUAGCGGUGGCGGCGGUGAUGGUAGGGGUUGGCGGUGGUCUGCGGUGGUUGCGGGUGGCGGCGAUGGUGGUCGAUGGUGGUGGCGACAACGACGGUGGGUGGUGAUGGGCGACGGUAGCGGGAGGUGGCCAUGGAGGAUGGUGGUGGUGGCCUCAAAGGGUAGAGGUAGUGGUUGGGGUGACGGUGGUCAGUGGUGGCGGCGAUGA